GGCAAACAGUUGAAGCUCAAACAUGAAAGUCAAAGCAAUUCUCAGUGCGCUGCUGCUGCUCGUCCUUUCGUCAGGCUGCAGCGAAGCCAACACCUUAAUGACUUGCCACAGUUGCCAUGGCAUCAGUUGUCAGCGAACUGUGUCUCCGACACAGGAGCAAGAAUGCGUAGACUCGCUGGACUAUUGUGUGACUAUCUACGAGAAAUCCAAGGUUCUCUACAUGGGCUGCUCGCUGGAGAUUCCCGUUGAGCUGCGCCAACGUUGCGACUCACCGAACAAUGGCUCCUGCUUUAAGUGCAACUCGAAUCGUUGCAACGAUGUGGGCUCCGAAAGAUUUGCCUGUGUGCAGUGCGAUUCCAGUAAGGACACCAACUGUGCUGAGAACGCCACAUUGUUGAAGCCGGUAGUCUGUGCUGCUCCCAAGGCUGCCAAUUCCUAUUGCUACGUGAAGGCUUCGGGUUCGGGCAGCAGCCACAUUGAGCGCGGUUGUGCCACAACCGUGAUCGAUCAGCAGGAUUGCCUCAAGGACGCCAACUGCCUGUUGUGCUCGUCUGGCGAUAUUCGAGGAUGCAACAGCGUCAACAUUGUCACAGAUUCAAGUGCUGGCAAUCGUUUUAUUCGCUUUCUACGUUAGCUCUAAUUUAAUACCAAUAAAUAAAUAAAAACUAACCAAAUAAAUAAGUGCGGCAGCUUGUAUGUAAUUUGA